AUGGCUUCUAAGGUGCUGGGCCUGCCGCCAGCCCGCUUCAUUCAGACGGCCUCCAGGAGACAGACGUUCUUCGAUUCCAAAGGCUUGCCUAAAAGUAUAACCAACAACAGGGGGAAGAAAAGAUACCCAGACUCCAAGGACCUCAUGAUGGUGCUGAAAACCUAUGACACCAGCUUCCUGGACUUUCUCAGAAGGUGUUUGGUAUGGGAACCUUCUCUUCGCAUGACCCCGGACCAGGCCCUCAAGCAUGCUUGGAUUCAUCAGUCUAGGAACCUCAAGCCCCAGCCCAGGCCCCAGACCCUGAGGAAAUCCGGUUUUGUUUUCUCCUCUGAGACAAGGAAGAACAAGGUUCAAGGCCAUCAUCACUCGAGCAUAAAAGCAGAUGAGAUCACCAGAGAGACUAUAAACAAAACAAAAGAUGGCCCCAUGAGGCAUAUUCAGCAUUCAGGUGAUCAGCGGGACCCUCUCCAGCACACAGCUGACACUGUUCAGCUGCCUCCACUGGUAGAAGCUCUCCCGAAGUCAGAGGCAGCUGUUGGGGCAGAAGUGUCCAUGACCUCCACAGGACAGAGCAAAAAUUCCUCCCCAAAGAACACAAACAUUUUACCCCCCAUUGUAUGACCUUUGCUGAGGGUGUGUCCUGCUCCUUUCCACCAGUGAUUUGUAUUGACAGCACUUACAUUGGACAAUACUUCAGACUGUUGCUUUUUAAUACAGAAAAGUUUAUUUAAAAAAACUCU